UUUCGGAAAAAUGGAGAAAGAGAGAGCUAAAUAAUUAUAAUAAUUUAGAGAUUGAGCCCUAUAGUUGAGUUAGAGAACAUAAUUCUUUUCAAUAAGAAUGUUAUAUUAAAAUUAAAAAGCGAUGGUUUUCCAGCACACACGUUUGUUCAUUUAAAAUUGAGUGCUUGAAUUAACCAAAUAUAAUAUUCGCGGCAUUAUUGUCGUGCGAACACAACACAGCAUCAGUUGAAGUUAGUUCUGUAAGUUUUCAUAGAACGUGGCAGGUCGUCGUUUGCGGCCACAGGUGUUUUUUGAGGCCAUAGUGUUGAAGUUUUGCAAAUUUAAUAAAUUAUUAAAUAAAAAAUGCGUUUUGUACAAUACAUUUGCUUCGUGGCGUUUUCCUUAGCCAUGGUGCCAGCAUGUCUGGGACUUUUGGAUGGUAUCUACUGUGGCAGGGAAGAUUGUUAUGAUGUGUUGGGAGUAACUCGUCAAUCCACGAAAUCCGAAAUAGGAAAAGCAUAUCGUUUGCUAGCUCGAAAACACCAUCCUGACAUGCACAGGGGUGCUGAAGCAAAAGCGGAGGCAGAGAUAAAGUUUAAGCUGAUCGCUACUGCGUAUGAAAUCUUGCGGGAUGAUGAUUCACGUAGAGAUUAUGAUUACAUGUUAGACCACCCAGAGGAAUACUAUUCACAUUACUAUCGCUACUAUCGAAGACGUGUUGCACCAAAAGUGGAUGUUCGCAUCGUCAUUGUUGUAACUCUUACAAUAGUUUCAAUCAUUCAGUACUAUUCAGGAUUACAGCGUUAUGACAGCGCUAUAAAAUAUUUGGCCACUGUGCCGAAAUAUCGAAAUCAGGCAUUAGAAAUUGCAAAAGAUGAGAUAGACAAAAUAAGCAAUCGUAAAGGCAAGAAUCGGAUGUCAAAGACUGAUCAACGCGAAGAAAUUGAACGCAUUGUGCGUAAAGUUAUCGAGGAAAAAAUGGAUGUUCGUGGCGGCUAUGCUAAACCCUCAAUAUAUGACGUUCUGUGGGUCCAAUUGCUGAUCUGUCCAUAUACAUUACUUAGUUUCUUAGUUUGGCAUGCGAAAUGGAUUUGGAAAUUUACAAUUAGGAAGCAGCCGUACGGCCGAGAUGAAAAACUUUAUUUAAUAAGACGUUAUAUGAAAAUGGGUGAGAAUCAAUUUAAUGGAUUAGAAGAUCAUCAAAUUGAAGAAUAUUUGCGAUUGGAGCUAUGGGAAAAGGAUAAGUUUGAAGAAUGGCAUGAAGAGCAGGAAGAGGAAAUGAAAAAGAAAUUGGCUGAGAACCCUCGAUAUAAAUCUUAUCGACGAUAUAUGAAAAAUCAUGGACCAGGGAGGAUGACGUUUGAGGAUUAAAAGACCUACGUGUGAAAUCCUAUCAAAAGAUAUGACGGAAAUUAGCUCAAACUUUGCAAAUAAAUAUUUAUUUAAUUUACAAAAUAACAACAAAGAUUAAUUACAACACAUAAUUAUGUCGAAUAUACUAAUAACUCACACUUAGUUAAGCUGAUCAAGUUUUAUUGAUUCCGUUCCUACAAUAUCUUUCUUUUUGUCAUCCAAAAAUAUUUAAUAAUUAAAUAAAAUGUACUGUAAACAUAA